GCUCCUAGUAACAACAUUACCAGAUUAGCUGCAAGUUCUCUCCACAAGCCUAACCCUUAUUGAUCUAAUAAUGCAAUCGAGGUUUCUUUUUAUAGAUAUCUAUUUAAGAAGAAUCGGCUCUGACUUUUUUUUUUUAUAAAUGAAAGAACUGGAGGGGGUGGCAGAUUCGGCGCGUUUAAAUAUGCAUAACAACCGUCUCUUCUUUAGCUUGCAGAUCACAACAACAAAAAUCAAACAAAGAUCAGCAUUUUUUUUUCCAACAACAAAAAAAAAUAUUUUCCUUCCAGAGUAAAAGCAAUCCCCAGAUGCCGAGAUCAUCAACAAACGCUGUAUGCACGUAUGGGUCUGGUGUCUGUUUUGUGACAGACUACACAAAACACACACGCGUCCAGUUUUUGUUCCAGCGGCACCAGCAACUUGGCAAGGCAGGCUGGGCUUAAAAAGGGAGAACUUUGCCUCUGUUUUAUGCUAGUGACGGUAACAGAAUAUCAGCUGCAGGGGAUUUUUGCUGCGGCGACUGCUGCUGCUGAUCUGAUGUUUCCGUGUUGUGGAGGGGCUUGGAAAGGGAGGACUCAGACAGGCUGCAGCUUGCUACAUUAGACUUUAUUUACAUACACAAAUCGCUGUGUACAGAGACUGUCUCCUGCAGCCUAUGCUUGAGGUCUGCAUGCCUGUGAAAGAAUCCUCCUAGGCUGGAGAGCCGGCGGGAGGGAGUGCACAGAAAGCAAAAAGAAGGGUAGUCAGGAGAGAACCAGAUGCGGGAUUAGAAAUGACUUUGAACGCCCAGAGCAGAACAUGGUUGAGAUCUUGGGGAGCUCAGCGUUGCUGGCUGCGGCAGCCACAGCUACGGCUGGAUCCUCUGGCGAAUCCCGCCCGGUCUGGCUUGCAUGGUGCUCGGCCUCGGCCCAUCGUGGACAUGUCCUACUCCCGCCACUUUCUGGAUUUCCAGGGCUCGUCCAUCCCCACCUCCAUGAAGAAGCUGGUGGUGACUAAGCUGAGCCCAAACUUCCGAGAAGCUGUUUCCCUGCGACAUGAUGUGCCUGUACCACUCCCGGGAGACGGCGAUCUGCUUGUCAGAAACAGAUUUGUCGGCAUUAAUGCAUCUGAUAUUAACUACUCAGCCGGUCGGUAUGACGCUUCAGUUAAGCCCCCAUUUGAUGUAGGUUUUGAAGGAAUUGGUGAAGUGGUGGCCUUGGGCCUGAGUGCAAGUGCUAGAUACACAGUGGGCCAAGUGGUAACCUAUAUGAGGCCUGGUGCUUUUGCUGAAUAUACAAUCGUCCCUGCUAAAGAAGCUGUUCCAGUACCCUCUGUGAAACCUGAAUUUCUUGCACUGUUGGUAAGUGGAACUACAGCAUAUAUCAGUCUGAAGGAGCUUGGACAAUUGUCUGAAGGGAAGACAAUUCUGGUCACAGCAGCAGCUGGAGGAACCGGUCAGUUUGCUGUGCAACUUGCAAAGAAGGCAAAAUGCCACAUAAUAGGAACUUGUUCCAGUGAUGAAAAAUCUGGUUUUCUGAAAUCCAUUGGCUGUGACCAUCCUAUCAACUAUAAAACUGAAAAUGUUGCUGCUGUCCUUAAGAAGGACUACCCAAAAGGUGUGGAUGUAGUGUAUGAGUCAGUUGGUGGAAAAAUGUUUGACUUGGCUGUUAACUUCUUGGCUAUCAAAGGGCGGCUGAUAGUUAUUGGGUUUAUCUCUGGCUACCAAACCCGUACUGGCCUUCCACCUGGUCAUGUAGAGAUGUUGCCAGCAAAACUGCUUAAAAAAUCUGCUAGCAUCCAGGGUUUCUUCUUAAACCAUUACCUUUCUGAAUAUCAAAUGGCUAUGAAACACUUGGUCGAAAUGUGUGAAAACAGAGAACUGGUUUGUGAGGUGGACCUUGGAGACAUGUCUCCAGAGGGCAAGUUCACUGGCUUAGAGUCUGUAUUCCGUGCUAUAGAUUAUAUGUACAUGGGGGGAAACAUUGGAAAAAUUGUAGUUGAAUUACCUCACUCUGUCAACAGUAAGCUGUAAAAACAGAACAAUGAUAUAAAUCAAAAGAGGGAAAAUGGUUGCUCUAUGCUUCACAAUAACUAAAAGUUUGAUUUUUGUUGUUGUUGUUGGCAACGGGCAAUGUAUUAAAAAUAGCAUCUAGGUGUUAACAACAUUUUGAUUUGUUUAAUUUAAGAGCUUUUGUAUUGUUUAGAAAUGCCAUUGGCAUUGCAUUAAACAGUUAUGCAUUUUAUAUGUGGAAGUUUUGAAUGAAGUGCUGCUUAGGCUUAUGUUGGAUCUGGAUAUAGUUAUGGUCUUAUAUCUUUCCUCUCAAAAUUUAUUAUUGAAACAUUUUCAAAUCAUUAAACAUUAAAUGAAGAUAUAUUAAUAUGUUAAAAGAAAUCAAAUAUAUUUUAGAUUCUUCAUAUCAGAAAGGAUGGAUGAUCAAUCCCCUUUGCACAGGACAGCUUCCCAUAAUUACACAUGCCAUUAUUAUUAUUAUUAUUUUAAAGGUUUGCUGUUAUUGAUCAACUUUGCUUCAUUUCAAGCCUUUAGCUGCAUUUUGACAUAUUUAUCCUAUAAAUUCACUUCUUCAGUAUUCUUUUGGCCAUAUUACCCUAUUAAGGUUGUGCGUUUAUGCACAGUUACUUAGCAGUGAUUCCCAUUUAAUCCAGUGGGACAUUCUUCCAAGUAAAUUGAUUAGAAUUGCUUAUGGACUAACUUUGCUAUAGAGCGAAAUUCUGCUUAAAAUUAAGGUCAUCUGUGAACUAAGGAAUUUUUAAAAGCUCCCAAAAGUUAUCCAUGUGAGGUAUUUGCUUUGUGUUUCAUUCUGGUAUUAUCAUCAGGUCUUCUUUUUCUUAAAGUAGAAUAUAUUAUAAUGUGCUUAAUCAUAUUAUGUAAUUAUACCAGUAAUCAGCAGAUUACUGUCAUGUUCUAGGUUAAACUAAUUUUUACAUAUGCGUUGGAAGAAAUACAGAUAUUAUGGAUAGGUAAAUGUAUCUAGAAAGUAGAUCCUCUAAAAGGUAUUUCAGACUUUGUUGGUGUUACCCACUGAGCAGCAGCAGCAUCUUCUGAAGCAGAGCCAGCAUUUAACUCUGCCUAGGCUACCUCUCUUCCUGUUCCACAGUAACACUGCUUUAGAAUAGUGCAAAACUAGUUACGUCUAGCAAAGUCAGGAACCAUUUUUAUCAAAAAGUAUUGGCUCAUGCUGUGUAGGGUUAUGCCUUAAUGUCCACCAUCAACUAUAUUUGGAACACAUCAUAUUCAGUGAUGAAUAUGAGAAGGAAUAGGAAGGAAUGGAAGGGGAUAAAAAGAGUAAUGACUGGAUUUAUUUGGUUAGAAUGACACCAGUAUGGACUGGGAUGGACUAUGCAAUAAGAUGCAGACUCUGUAUUCCCUUAUGUUCUACAAAUAUAUAUCUAAAGCAUUAAAAUAAUUUUAGUUAUUUUUUA